AAAGGAGCAACUUAACCACUGUUCCCUGUAAGAGAUUCAUGAGAAACUAUCCUUCUUUUAAUAUUAAAAACACUGGAAUAUUCCGAAAAUAUUUUAGGAAAUUCUCAUAAAUCAUUCAUACCUCCGAAGAAACAAUUCUAGUAAUGACCAGUUAUUACACCUGGAUACUGCUGCAUAAUUAUUAUCACCAUCUAUUUCAAGAUGAAACUAGUGGUCUAUGAUUUUGGCAACAGUUUCUGAGAAUAAUAAACUAAAAACGAUUAAAGUGUAACGAUUACUACUGUUUUUGCUGGGGUAUUUUCGUGGAACAGUUACUGAUAAUUACUGUGGCAGCUGUUAUUAUUUUUUGCAAGCUAUAAUUUUGGAGAUGGAGCAGACUGGACAACUUUAGAUUACCUUUUUUGGACUAGUUUGGCAAUGGAAGGGUAACAUUUGCUUCCAGACUAGCAAAGAGGAACAUAUAUGGAGGGCACAAUCUUCCUGAAGAAAUUCAUCAAUUUCCUGAAGUAUGACAAAUUCUCCAUCAACUCUCUACCUUUUGUACUAUCCAUCCUGCUUUGCGUCCUAGUGCUGAGCGAUGUUUUCAACACGAUGCUCAUCGAACAAGAUGGCGAAGUCACCCUUGUCUCAAUCAAGGUCAUCUUGGAAGACAUUGUCAUGUAUUUCUGCAUCAUAGAACACAGUUUAAACCCUGAAAAGAAGUUGAAACUGAUAGAGUUAGUGGAGAAUGAUUUCAUGGUUGACAAAUCUGAGUACACUGGGAAAAGUGUCGAAAAAUGGGAGAGGCUGGAAAAGUUUUUUAAUAGAAAACGGAAGGACAUGGAGGCGACGUCCAAGUAUAUUUCUAUGUUUAUGUUGUUUUUAUGUUUGGGGGUGAUUAAUAGAAAUGUUUUCAAUACGAUGUUGGGUAUGAAGCCGGGAUCAAAGGGUUCCGAGGGAUGGAUGACACCCUUCCCCUCUCAUACCCCUCCUGAUUCAGACCCGUCAGCGUUUUUUGUGUACGCGUUCACUUUACAAACCCUUAUAGUGGUAGUUUUAGGUACUGAAGGGUUUUUUAUACAAAACACUGUUUGCCUAUCGACUGAUCGAAUUGUAGCUGAUUUUGAGACGAUUUAUCUGUUGUUAGAUGAUUUAACCAGGGAUUUUGGUGGUGAAAGAGAGGGAGAGAUGUGUGGAACGAUGGGAGAGAGAGAGGAGGAGAUGUAUGGAAGGAUGGGAGAGAGAGAGGAGGAGAUGUAUGGGAAUAUAGAAGACAGAGAGGGAGUGAUAUACAGGAAGAUAGCAGACAGAGAGGAGGAAAUGUAUAAAAUAGAUGAGGUGGCUCUGAAAAAGGACAUGCAUCGUAUUGUGAAAUGUCAUCAGAAUCUUUUGAGGAAUUUCAGACUGUGUGCCACAAAUAGUGCCUUUUCAAUGUCAGUGCUGAAUCUGGUUAUACUGAAUGAUUCUUGCUAUAACGCAUAUUUUAUGCUCACGUCGAAUGACGUGAAAAGGACUGUUUACUACGGUGUAUUAUUCACAUUGGUCAACCUCACAGUUUUCUUUGUUUAUCGUAAUGGACAACGUAUUUUUAACCAGAACCAGAUUCUGCGACAGUCUAUUACACAGCUUCCAUGGACGGAUAAGCCUCGCUGGUUCAGGCAGACAGUCUGCAUUAUGAUGACCAGGGCCAAUGUUGACACUGAGAUGAAACCGUAUGGCAUAUAUCUGCUCAACUAUAUGGCUUUCAAAGAUUUGAUGAAGUUUGCCUUCUCGGUGGGAAAUGUUCUCUACUCCAAGAAACUUGCAAACCAAUCACAAGCGAUGUGAUGAAUGAAUAAAUUCAACGAUUUGGACUUAUUUUUAUAAAAAUAUGUUCUCAACAAUAAAAAUAUUGGCUUUGAAAA